UAAAUGGUGGCUGCGGGCGAGAACCAUUCAAUUGUAUAUUGUUUAAUUUGUGGAAUUAAUGUGUGAUAUUAAAGCUGAGUUUGCUAGUAUAUUCGGUGCGUUGUUGUUAAAGAAAAAUAUUGUUUCUUGAUCCGCCAAAAAGGAUUUAAUAUUUCCAUCGAAGGAUAACAUUUAAUUAGCAAUGAAAUUCGAACUAAUCUUUUUUACAAUAUUUAUCGGAUGUAUAUCCGCAGCACCUCAAGGUGCUAAAGAAGAACCGAUUGCAAUUAUCAGUCAAAGUUCUAACAUUGAAGUCGAUGGGGCUUAUCAAUUUGGUUAUGAAACAGCAAACGGCAUCAAAGGUCAAGAAGUCGGUACAGUGAAAAAAGCCACCGAUCCGAACUCAAGCGAUGUUAUUAUCUCAAGUGGUUCGUUUAGCUAUACGGCACCAGAUGGAACUGUCAUAAAUUUAACGUACGAAGCUGACGAUGUAAAUGGCUUUCAACCAAAGGGAGAUCAUUUACCAACACCACCACCAAUCCCACCAGAGAUCCAAAGGGCCCUUGAUUACAUAGCUUCACUUCCUCCAGCAAAAACACGAUAAACUAUUGGACAUUAUUGCGAAACGACCAUGAACUCAACCGACUAUAUUAACUCCAUGAUAUUCCUUUCAAUAUCUUCUGCACAACCAAUAAAAUUAAUAACAUACUGCAAGUGCGAUACCAAAAUUUUAUAAAAGAAGAAAUUAACGAUAGCUAUAAUAUUCAAAUGUAAAUUAGUAAUUCUUUUGUUAUUCAAAAUAUCGCUAAAAAACUACACAAAAAAAAUAAUAAAGAAAGACAUUUGAAUCAAA